UACCGCCGUCUGGAUUUGCGCCUUGCCCGUAGAGAUGGCGGCUGCCAUAUACAUACCGACCAGAAUCCUUAUACAGUUGGCGGCCUGAGGGGUCUCAACAUAGUAAUUACAUGUUUGCCCUCUGGUAUGUAUGGGACAACGUCUUCUGCGACUUUAAUAGCACACGUGCGAUCGACAUUUCCCUCACUUCAGUUUGGAUUACUGGUAGGCAUCAGAGGCAGGGUACCCAGCGAGAAAGUCAAUAUCCAACUUGGUGAUGUGGUCUUUUCGAUACCGGAAGCU